UUGGGAACGUAUUUGGCAUUCACUUGGGUGCCCGGGAAUUUGCAAAGCAGAGAGGAAUAAAAUACUCAAGUAACUUAGGUUAGCUCUCUCGAACUCUGCAAAAUGUCCAGCAAAAAGACCAAAAAGACUACCAAGAAGAGGGCCCAGAGGGCAACUUCCAAUGUGUUUGCCAUGUUCGACCAAGCACAAAUCCAAGAAUUUAAAGAGGCAUUCAACAUGAUCGACCAGAACCGAGAUGGCUUCAUUGACUUUGAAGACUUGAAAGAUAUGUAUGCAUCUCUUGGGAAGUUUGUUAGCGAUGAGUUUAUUCAGGAAAUGGUGAACGAAGCAUCUGGAAGCACGAUCAACUUUACGAUGUUUUUGACGCUGUUUGGCGAGAAGCUCAACGGGACAGAUCCCGAGGAUGUCAUCAGGAAUGCUUUUGCUUGUUUUGAUGAAGAAGGCGAUGGUGUUAUCCACGAAGACAAGUUGUGCGAUAUGUUGACUCAAGUUGGAGAUCGAUUUAGUGAAGAUGAAAUCGAUGAGAUGUUACAAGACUGCCCGGUCGACAAAAAAGGCAACAUCGAUUACAUCACCUACACACAAAUCCUGAAACGAGGCAAGAAAGACGAAGAAGAGGACACUGUAAAACCUUGAAUUAAUUUAAAAUGCUCUUUUAGGAUCUUCCUUAGGCCACGACUGUAAACCUAUCUACUUAUAAGAUCAAUAUUUUUGCUUGCAAUAGAUUAUUUUUGGCAUUAUAUAGUUAUAUUUUCAUUUUGUAUAUUUUUUCUGUACCCAAUAUUUUUCUAAUCAUUCCUACUCCAAGUCCUUCCUUUAGAAAAAUGAAUUUAUCAACCAUUGUAAAGAAUUUGGUAAUAAAAGCUCCAACCUUCAGGCAAUAAUUAUUUAUUGUAUUUGACAAUUUAUUCAGGAGAAUUAAUUUUGUACAUGAAGUGGCAAAAUGCUGUACAGAUAGAAUCCGUACAUUUGCUUUGUGAUUUGAACUCUGGUGGUAGUUGCAUUCAACUAGAAUAAARUAUUGAGUGGAA